AUGCUCCGCCAGGCUGUACAGGGAGCUCGGUGGUAUCAGCAUGUGGCCCGCAGAAGCCCGUCGAUUCCAUCUUUGCGGCCGCGUGCAUUCUCCGCCGCAGCGCCACGCUCUUCCAACUAUGGCGGCCCCGAUGACAAGAUUCGCUUUUACGAACAGGUGACGCGCGGGAGCAAAACGAGAAAAAGGGUCGACCCGGAAGCCGAGGACCGCGCUGAGAGAAGAGACAUGCAGGAGGAAUUGUCGAAAUUGGAUGCCGAAUUAGAGAUAUUAAAGGAAGGCCCUUACGGUCCCAAUAGCCCGUUCAUCCAGGGGCUACCUGAAAAGGACCGGGAGAUUGCACUCGAUGCUUUGCGAAAAUACGACGAGGAGCAUGGCAAGGGUGAAGCUUUCAGCCUGGAUCAGGUCUUCGAUGAGAAACUAGACGAUGUGUUACGGCAAGAAUUUGAGGGUAUGGCCAGGGAAGAAGAGAAUUGGCAGGCACAGGACGAAGACGAUGAUGCGCAAAACACGAUCGCCAGACAGCCGUAUGAGGUCGUGUUGGAGGACUCCGACCAGGAAGCAUAUAUCGACAAAUUCAACCAGUCCUUAAGACGGUCCGCGGGAGGCAUAUCUAGUGAACGACUUGCACAAGAACUGUGGAAUUGGUAUCGCCGUUGCAAACAGGUCGUCCCCAACUUUUUGCAAUUAAUACCUGAAGAAGGCUUGGAUUUACUGUGGACCUCCGCAACUACUGCAACCCCGGCAGGGCCUUCUCGAGCAGCCCAUAUCCAAACACUUGCAGAGGAUAUCAUGUCUGUCGGAAAAUCUCUCUCAACCCCGUAUACUCUUGCGUACAUCGAGUCGUUACAGGGAACCGGCAAGACAAACUUGGCACUAGACCAGUGGGAGGCACACCAGAGCAGUCUUUCCCAGAAGAAAGAGGAUCUGGAAGCAUAUUGGAAACUCGGAGUACAGAUCUUCUCGGCAGAGGGCGACCCUCAACGUGCCCAGGACAUCGCACUGGCAUUUCUUGCCAAUGAUACAUCGCGUGAUGCUCGAAUCUUAAUACCGGUGAUUUUGGCCUGGGCAAGGCAAACUGGUAAGGAGGCGGAAGUCAAGGCAUGGUCGCUAUAUCUGCAACUCAAGGCUUUCUUGGAGCACCCGCCUAUGACAAUGGAGGACUACGAUCGCAUCAGCAUCGGUCUACUAAAAACAAACCGACUCAACCUCGCCAUUGCCGUGUUCAAGGACAUGAUGGUUACCGGUCAAGAUCCAGCAAACGACUCGACUUCUCUCUACAAGAAAGCCCUCGGUCUGGUGGGCAACCUUCAAGCAUCCAGCGUCUCGGAAGGGGAUGUGAACAAAGUAUCGCUUGCUACGCUGACAGUCUUGCCUCGCCGCUUCCAGAACCGAUUCUUCUAUGCCAGCUGGAUGAAGAAGCUAAUUGGAAUGGGCGAGGUCGAUUCAGCGGCCAUGGUGAUUGAAUUGAUGUACGAGCGAGGAGUCAAUCCUGACCCGAAGCAUCUCAACGGCUUGAUCGCUGCCUGGCUUCGUGAAUCGAACCCUGUCUCUCGCGAGAAAGCCGAACGGCUCGGCUGGGCCAUGGUCCAACGGCGAGUCGACACAGUUUGGGCGCGUGCAAAAUCGUCCAGCAAUUCCCCCCAGGUCGAGGUAAACGAAGAGGUCGACGUUGCACGGAUUCCCAAAUUCAUGCAGCGACCGAUGCCCUCCGCAAAUAUUGAGACCUUCUCGAUCCUUCUCCUCCACUACACCCGACGAAGCGACGUAGACAUGACCGAACAUUUGGUCAAGUGCCUCACCGAUGCUCAGAUUCGGCCAAACUCUUAUUUCAUGAACCACCUCCUGUACGCCGAGUUACGGAAACAGGACAUUCGAGCUCUGUGGGUCAAAUUCAAGUCCAUGUCCGCUUCGAUCCAGCCAGAUCUCGAAACGUAUGCCUGUCUCUGGGACUGCGGGAAACUGCAAUACGACCGAGGCCGCACAGCAUUUGUUUCGGGCUUCCCGUCCGCUCGCGGUCUCUAUGCCGAAAUGAUGCAAUGGUAUAUCCAGAUGUCCAGCCGCGGCCAGGCCAUCGCGCGCGACGAAUUCUCCAAGGAACUCUACGACCAAAUCGUGCGCUGCCUCUGCCUCUCCAAGGACCCCGCCGGCACCCUGGUGGCGCUUUCCUCGAUGCGCGCCAUCUUCGGCAUCGCGCCCGACGACACCACCGCCCGCCUGAUCGUCCUACAGGUUGCCCGGAUGGCCGGCGUCCCGGCCGACACGCCCAAGCGACGCCUCCGCCGUCUCUCCUCGACCCCCAAGAGCAAAGAGAACAUCGCCCAUGUCAAUCGACUCGUGGAGAUCCUGAGCGAACGCAAACUCGCUGCCCUCCAGGCCCGCGGUCUGAGUCUCGACACCCUCGAACCGCCGGAACGGGAACAGUACCAGCUUGAAAUCAUGGUCGAGCUGCUCCGCGUCGUCAUGACCCGGUCGACCGGCGAUCCCAGCCGAGUCGAACGUGACAUCGCCGCGGCCGCGACGGAAAUGGGUGUCACGGGCGUCGAAUUCAAUACGUCGCUGGCAGACGAUGACCUUCUAUCUUAA